GCGCGCGCGCUCCCGUGUGUUCGCUUGCUCGCUACCUCGCUCGCUCUCGGCGGCCGCUCUCGCUGUGGCUGCGGCUGAGGCUGGGGGCGGCGGCGGCGGCGCGAGCGGCGGGCGGCGCGGGGCGGUCCGGCGGGUUCAAAGAGGAAAACAUGGCGGAAAACAAAGGCGGCGGUGAGGCAGAGAGCGGCGGCGGGGGCAGCGGUAGCGCGCCGGUAACCGCCGGGGCCGCCGGGCCCGCGGCGCAGGAGGCGGAGCCGCCUCUCGCCGCGGUGCUGGUGGAGGAGGAGGAGGAGGAAGGCGGCAGGGCUGGCGCGGAGGGCAGUGCGGCUGGGCCCGACGACGGGGGGGUGACCGCGGCCUCCUCCAGCUCGGCUCCGGCCGCCUCGGCUCCCGCGGCCUCGGUGGGCUCCACGGCUCCCGGGGGCGCGGCAUCGACGCCGGCCCCAGCUGCAGCGUCGGCUCCGGCCCCGGGUCCCUCGUCGGGGCCGCCGCUCGGGCCACCAGCCUCACUUCUGGACACCUGCGCCGUGUGUCAGCAGAGCUUGCAGAGCCGGCGUGAGGCGGAGCCCAAGCUGCUCCCCUGCUUGCACUCCUUCUGCCUGCGCUGCCUGCCGGAGCCCGAGCGCCAGCUCAGCGUGCCCAUCCCCGGGGGCACCAACGGCGACGUCCAGCAAGUUGGUGUAAUACGGUGUCCAGUAUGUCGUCAAGAAUGCAGACAGAUAGAUCUUGUGGAUAAUUAUUUUGUGAAAGACACAUCUGAAGCUCCUAGCAGUUCUGAUGAGAAGUCAGAACAGGUCUGUACAAGUUGUGAAGACAAUGCAAGCGCAGUUGGUUUUUGUGUAGAAUGUGGAGAGUGGCUAUGUAAGACAUGCAUUGAAGCACAUCAGAGAGUAAAAUUCACUAAAGAUCAUCUAAUCAGGAAAAAAGAAGAUGUUUCAGAGGCUGUUGGAGCAUCUGGUCAGCGCCCUGUGUUUUGUCCUGUACAUAAACAAGAACAGUUGAAAUUGUUCUGUGAAACAUGUGACAGGCUGACAUGUAGAGACUGUCAACUGUUGGAGCACAAAGAACAUAGGUAUCAGUUUUUGGAAGAAGCGUUUCAAAAUCAGAAAGGUGCAAUUGAAAAUCUGUUGGCUAAGCUUCUUGAAAAGAAGAAUUACGUUCAUUUUGCAGCUACACAAGUGCAAAAUAGGAUCAAAGAAGUAAAUGAGACUAAUAAACGAGUAGAACAAGAAAUUAAAGUGGCCAUUUUCACCCUUAUCAAUGAAAUUAAUAAGAAAGGAAAAUCUCUCUUACAGCAGCUAGAGAAUGUUACAAAAGAAAGACAAAUGAAGCUACUCCAGCAGCAGAAUGAUAUCACAGGCCUUUCCCGGCAGGUGAAGCAUGUUAUGAACUUUACAAACUGGGCCAUUGCAAGCGGCAGCAGCACGGCACUACUGUAUAGCAAACGGCUGAUUACUUUUCAGUUGCGUCAUAUUUUGAAAGCACGAUGUGAUCCUGUUCCUGCUGCCAACGGAGCAAUUCGUUUCCAUUGUGAUCCUACCUUCUGGGCCAAAAAUGUAGUCAAUUUAGGUAAUCUAGUAAUAGAGAGUAAGCCAGCUCCUGGUUAUACUCCUAAUGUUGUAGUUGGGCAAGUUCCUCCAGGUACAAACCACAUUAGUAAAACCCCAGGACAGAUUAACUUAGCACAGCUUCGACUCCAGCACAUGCAGCAACAAGUGUAUGCACAAAAACAUCAACAGUUACAACAGAUGAGAAUGCAGCAACCCCCAGCUCCUGUACCAACAACAACAACAACAACACAACAGCAUCCUCGGCAAACAGCCCCACAGAUGUUACAACAACAGCCUCCAAGAUUGAUCAGUGUGCAAACAAUGCAAAGAGGCAACAUGAACUGUGGAGCAUUUCAAGCCCAUCAAAUGAGACUGGCUCAGAAUGCUGCCAGAAUACCAGGGAUACCAAGACACAGCGGCCCUCAGUAUUCCAUGAUGCAGCCUCACCUCCAAAGACAACACUCAAACCCAGGACAUGCUGGACCCUUUCCUGUUGUAUCAGCACACAACCCAAUCAACCCAACAAGCCCUACCACAGCAACUAUGGCAAAUGCAAAUCGAGGUCCCACCAGCCCAUCUGUUACAGCAAUAGAACUAAUCCCCUCAGUCACCAAUCCAGAAAACCUUCCAUCAUUGCCAGAUAUUCCACCUAUACAGUUGGAAGAUGCUGGCUCAAGUAGUUUAGAUAAUCUACUGAGUAGAUAUAUCUCAGGCAGUCAUCUACCCCCACAGCCUACAAGUACCAUGAAUCCUUCCCCAGGACCCUCUGCUUUAUCACCCGGAUCUUCAGGCUUACCCAACUCUCACACACCCGUGAGACCCCCUAGUACAUCUAGCACCGGCAGUCGCGGCAGCUGUGGAUCUUCAGGAAGAACUGCUGAGAAAAGUCAUAGUUUCAAAUCUGAUCAGGUGAAGGUGAAGCAAGAACCUGGGACUGAAGAAGAGAUCUGCAGCUUUUCAGGAGCUGUGAAACAAGAGAAGACAGAGGAUGGCAGGAGGAGUGCCUGUAUGUUGAGCAGUCCUGAGAGUAGUUUGACACCACCUCUUUCAACUAACCUCCAUCUAGAGAGUGAGCUGGAUACAUUAGCAGGCCUGGAGAACCAUGUGAAAACAGAACCUACAGAUACGAAUGAAAGCUGCAGACAGUCAGGACUCAGUAGCCUGGUCAAUGGAAAGUCUCCAGUGCGAAACCUCAUGCACAGGUCGGCAAGGAUUGGAGGAGAUGGCAAUAGCAAAGAUGAUGACCCGAAUGAAGACUGGUGCGCGGUCUGCCAGAAUGGAGGGGAUCUGUUAUGCUGUGAAAAAUGUCCGAAGGUCUUUCAUCUUACUUGUCACGUUCCAACACUUCUCAGCUUUCCAAGUGGGGACUGGAUAUGCACGUUUUGCAGAGAUAUUGGGAAGCCAGAAGUUGAAUACGAUUGUGAUAAUAUGCAACACAGUAAGAAGGGGAAAACCGCACAGGGCUUAAGUCCUGUGGACCAAAGGAAAUGUGAACGUCUCCUACUUUACCUCUAUUGUCAUGAAUUAAGUAUUGAAUUCCAGGAGCCUGUUCCUGUUUCGAUACCAAACUACUAUAAAAUUAUAAAGAAACCAAUGGAUUUAUCGACGGUGAAAAAGAAGCUUCAGAAAAAACAUUCCCAGCACUACCAAAUCCCAGAUGAUUUUGUGGCCGAUGUCCGUUUGAUCUUCAAGAACUGUGCAAGGUUUAAUGAAAUGAUGAAAGUUGUUCAAGUUUAUGCAGACACACAAGAGAUUAAUUUGAAGGCUGAUUCAGAAGUAGCUCAGGCAGGGAAAGCAGUUGCGUUGUACUUUGAAGAUAAACUCUCAGAGAUCUACUCAGACAGGACCUUCGCUCCUUUGCCAGAGUUUGAGCAAGAAGAGGAUGAUGGUGAAGUAACAGAAGACUCUGAUGAAGACUUUAUACAACCUCGCAGAAAACGCCUAAAGUCAGAUGAGAGACCGGUGCAUAUAAAAUAAAAUGACGUGGACUUAAUCAGUUGUUUUUAAAAAGAAAGAAAUAACAGAAGGAAACAAAACAAAACACCCUUUUAUUUAAGUGUUACUGGAAUAUCCUGUGUACAGUGGGUACCUCCUUAAAGAAGUUGGUAGCUUUCAUACAGUAUUAGAUUGAAAUAAUGGACACAGAAAACAUUCUUGUCAAGAAAUGGGGAGAGAGCUCUGCAGCUUUUAAGUAAGAGCAAAGUCAGACAUGAAAGAGUUUGACGAUUUGUUACAAAUGAAGAUGGUUCUCUGACUGUUAGAAACUUAAAUGAUCAUGUGUGUUAAUUGGUGCAGGAUGCUACGUCAGGCGAGGCUCAUGUUGCAUCAUUGUGUCUCUGCUAGAGCACACAGUUACUCAAACAACUUAUAAGUCUCCUCCUACACAGACACAAAUGGGUUGUUUUCUGGUUAAAAAUCGAGUAGAUCAUAUUCCACUUGAAUGUCACUAAAGAUGCAUUGAAUCAUGCCACUGUAUUUUUUCUCAUUUUGAUCUAUUGGGCCUUAGUUUUUAAAUUGGUUUAAAGAACUCAAAUGUAGUUUUAUUUUCUACUUAGAUAUAGGGUCAAGGAACAUAACUAUUGAUAUCUGAUAGUCAGCUUCAGUGGUGUUCUGAAAUGAAUAUGGUAACUUCAGUAGUGGAUCAUACAGAUUUUAUGGAAGUCAUUUCCAGAAAACCCUUCUAAACAAUUACACAUACUGGUCAGAUCAUCUGAUCAUGCGGUUAGUUAUUCCCUCAAAAGGCAGAACAUUUAUUUCAAAAUUUUCUGUACAUGUAAAUUAGAUUGAGAAGGUGACAACUGACUCUCACCCAGUCUUUUCUUUGUACCAGUUUCCAGUAGACCACUAUUGGUAAACAGAAAUCUGUCAGCUACCAAAUGUGUACAAUUUUCUGUAUUUCACUUUGUCUUAUUUGUAAAUAGUGAGCUCAGACUUCUGGCAGAUCAGCAACAUUUGCUGAGCCUGUUUUUUAAGCUAAUGUGUAUUCUUACUAAUGUUCCUAUCAAGAAUGGAUUUGUAAUAUAUGCUGUCUAUUUCUAAUGUUCACAUUCAUAUUUUGAGGUUCUAUCUUAUUUUAAUAGAGAACAGACUUCUCAAAAAAUCUUCAGAAGCAGCUUAUUAUUGAAAUAUCAAAAUAUUGAAAUAAACCCGGUGGGGUUAGAUUACUCAUCUGUCCACCAAGUGGGACAUGUGCAUGGACUGGGGGCUUUAAAUGACUUAGAAGAUACUUGUAAGUAAAUCCUGAGAACGAGCCAAACCCCAUGUGAAUGGUAGUUGGAGUGCACCCAGCUUUGUUUACUGCCUGAUGACAGGAGUAAUACCUGAAGCAGAUAGACCAACUCGAUCUGGUUUAUUUUCUCCUCUUCGUUGUGAUGCUCAAAUCAAGUGUGCUCUAGACUGUGUGCGCAUCUCCAUUGGAUUAAAAGUUGUAGUCCUACUUCUGUAUGGACACAGUUACAAAGUGACCAAAGUAGAAUCAACAUCAGAAGCGUUUCAGGUGUCAGCAGAUGUGUGGCAAAUCACUUGCCUCUUAAAAACAUCAGUUUAAGCAGUUCAGACUGUAGACAUACUCAGAAAACUAUUUGACUUAAUUGUCGAAGAAGUGAAUAUUUUUAGUGUGCAUUGAAUCAAAUAAAGUGCUCUAAAGAAAUUAUUAUACAGAUUCCUUUGGGUUUUUCUUUUCUUAACAAGGGAUGUGGGUAAAGAGGAGUAUGAUUUAGGCCUCCUUAUACUGCGCUUAAACAAUAUUGAUCAUACCACUGGCUUCAUCUCUUGGCUUCCUUCUAGCUUCUCUUUCCUUAUAAAUUAAGGUUCAUUUAAAAAAAUGCUCCAGACUGAUUUAUUAUUUCAUUGAAGUUUCAAGUUGUUUUUUUUUAUGAAGACGAAAAUUUAUUUUAAGAUGUUUUAUUUAUACCUAUUUUUCUCUUUUCUUUGAUAUCCAUGAUUCUGAUUUGCAAGUAGAUGUAUAUCUAAGGGCAUAUUUUUGGCAAGUGGGAGAAUAGGGGCCUAACUUAAUUUUGUGACGCUUCUGAGCCAGUGUUUUGUAUUUGUUUUUCAUAUUAAUUCUUUACAAAAUUCUUAGUAAUGUUAUAAAUAAGCUCUGUCAAGUGGGCACAGAUUUUAAGCAAAUGUUCCCCACUAAAGCCAUUCUCGUGUUACAUGGGAGAUUUGUUUUCCCUUUGCUUGUUUUAAUUCAAGACCAUCCAUUUAGAAGCUUCCGUUUCUGUUAGCAGAGAGACCCCUACUGCUGAGGAAUUAACUUGUUGUCAACAAGCCACUCUUAAAUGAUACACUAACUUUGAUAAAGCACUUCUGCACACUAGUCAUUGUGUUUCCAGGCUGUUUAGCUUUAACAUAUGUAUGGUUUAAAAGUAUAAAAAACUUAAAUUCUUACUCAAAUUAUCUCAUAUUUCCCUGUUUAUAUUUUUAAAAGACAAAUGUAGAGUCUCCUUUAAGUCCUAGGUGCAGAUGCGAUAACUGUAUUCUUUGAUAGAGCCUCUGUCUCAGAUAUGGAAAAGAGCUCACACGUUGAUUCCUUUAAAUCCUUCAAAGCUCUUGAUGAAUUUAGGGUUACUUUUCCCAUGAGAGAACGAAGCAUAAGUGUUUCUCAACCCCGUUGUACUGGCCUUAACUUACCUGUCUCAGCACUGACUCCACUGCUUAGCUGAGCGAAGGAACUGCUUUAUCAGGGUGGUGUGUGAGGGCUCUAGAGUCUGGUCAGAUUAUCAACCUUGCUCUGAACAAACUGUUACCAUGGAGCUCACCUGCUGAAAUUGCCCUCUUUGGAAUCAACAGGUUGUGAGUUUUUGUUGUGUCUCCCCCCCCCCCCCACACACACACACUUUUGUUUCUUACUCAGAAUUUUUAGGUUAUUAAAAAGUCAGUUCUCAUCCUUUGUUAUAAUAGGUUUUGGAAUUUUUUAGUUAAUCCAAAGACAUAAUGCUUUAAAGUGUGCAAAUUGCAGAUUUAUCGAUUACCUCAGCAGGUAUCCUGCCAUGUAAUUAUUAAAUCAACAGAUUCAGAGGUCUUCCGACUAUGCCCUUGGCUAAUUAUAAUUACCACGAUGUAAUUAAACAGUUUGCUCUAUCCAAAAUGGGGAGUAGAUGCUGUAGGCCUCCCCCCUUAGCCAGCCUCAUUCACAUGUAGUGCAUUAGGUACAAAAAUUCAUUUCUUGUAGCCAGAAUUAGAUUGAAUCAUUAAGUACUUUAAUAAAAAUGUAAGAAAAUAAACGUGCUAAGUCCCUGAAUUAAAACAGCUUCUUUGGCUGGGGAGAUGGUUGGUAAGUAGAAAGUACUUGUUCCCCAAGCACGAGGUUCUGGGUUUGCAUCCCCAGCACCAAUACAGAGGUGGCCACAGUAGUGUGCACCUGGAAGCCCAGUGCCACUACAGCAAGUGGGAGGUGGAAGGUGAGGACUAAUACCUUGAGCUGUCCUGACCGCCACACACACCCUACACACCUCCACAUAUACCCUCAUACACAACCUGCGAGCUUACACACCUCCCCCACAUGCACCCUAGGGUGUGCCCUCAUACAACAGAGCGUAUACACCUCCACAGGUGUCCUCAAAUAGUCAAGCGUACACACCCUAUUUGCCUCUACCAAUUAUCUGCUGAAGGUGAUUUAAGAGUUUCAAGAUGUAUUGCACACCUGACCUGGAUUAACUUACUUCUUCCAGUUAAUGCUUCCUUGAUAAAGCAAUAACGCUGCUUUGAGUCUGUUGCCUAAUAGCAUGUCAUAACCCUCCCCUGGAUGGUGAUUUUAUAGGAAAGUUUGUAUGCAUAUCACCCAAUCUAUCUUUUAAAAAAAAUUAAGAAAUUUAAAUGUAUGCUGGAAGUAAUGACAAUAUAUUGUGGCAUUUUAUUUUAAAAAAUUGGGGAAAGUUGCAUAUUUUUUUAAAAGUAGCUGUUUGAGUAAAAAAAAUUGAUGGUACUUUUUUAAGGAAAAAAAUUUAUAUGCCACAGUUUACAUAGACAUUUCCAAUGUCAGCAUUUACUCUUGGGUAUAACAGCUUCUUUACUGGCUAAAUGCAUGUUUUACUUGGUCAGAAGUGUAUCUCUCCCAUCUUAGUUACUUCUGUUUCCUUAUAUGACCCUUUAUAUAUUUUUAUUGUAACUUAAUUAUCUUCAAAAGUAAGUUGGGUAUAUUUGUUAAAACUACAGAAUGUAUAGAAUUGAGGUUCUCCCUUUUCUAGUGUUACUUAAAAACUGAAAACGAUACUGUGUGACAUUGAACAGAUCCCAAUGGAGGCACCAGAACGAUCCUGAAGUGCCACAAUACUCCAUUCAGUUGUGGCCUAAAUUUCAUUCGUAAGAAUGAAAUGCAUGUCUACUCCUGACCUGAGAAAUGUAGGCGUUUACUAUGUUUUAGAGCAGUGAAACAUGGAUGUAAGCCUACAACACAAGGUGUGUGCAGUUGGAAAGCCUGCACACACAAAGGAUUCAAGUCACAGCCUUACUAGUUCCUUGCUUCCAGUAUUUGAACUGGUCCUCCCCUCAUUACUACUAUUUUUGCACAUAGUUAACUAUCCUUCAGAAUGAUUCUUAAAAAGUGCUGUUUCUGUGGUAUUGUAUUCUCUAAAUGGUCAUAUUUAAUUUUUUAAACAAGGUUACAAUUUCUUAUGUUCUGUUCUUGUGUUUUUGCUGCCGUGUAAUAAAAGCAAGUUUUUCUUUUCGUGGUUAUUUAAUACAUUAGCUGCUUGUAAAUAAUUCUUGUCACAGUGCUCUGGAAUGUGUUGUAGAAGUUGUAUUAGAUUAGUUUGAAGCCUUGUUUAAAAACCACAUUGUUUUGGUUAUUUCUAUUAAAUUAGAAAAUUGCAAAAGUU